CCUAUGAUUCUGGGAACAGCCUCAUCUCAACGAUCCUUGAACUGAGCCAGCAAACCACAAGGUGAGCGACCUUCUUCUUCUUUGUUUGAGGAUUAUUGAAGUCGUCAUUUCUUUGUUGGUUGUUGAAAAGGAACUCAUCAAAGAGUGAUGGGGAGGGUUUUUCUGGUGGAACUUGACGGUAGGGUUUACAGAUGCAAGUUCUGUAAAAGCCACUUAGCCCUAGCUGAUGACCUCGUCUCCAAGGGUUUUCAUUGUCGUCGAGGGAAGGCAUACCUUUUCAAUACUGUGGUGAAUAUCAUUGUUGGAGCAAAAGAGGAGCGGAUGAUGCUUUCUGGAAUGCAUACUGUAGCUGAUAUAUUCUGCUGCUGCUGUGGACAGAUAGUUGGCUGGAAAUAUGAGGCGGCACAUGAUAAAAACCAGAAGUAUAAGGAAGGGAAGUUUGUUUUGGAAAGGGGGAGGAUAAUUGAUGGAAUUGACUCAGAAUUUUAUCUGGAUACCCACAAUUCCAUGAGUGAUGGUGAAGAUGCUUAGCAGCUAUCCCUAUAUUGAAGCUUGUAAAUACCACAAUCUUCAGUUUUGCAGGGCUUGAAUACUAUUUCAGAUGAGGGCAGAUGAAUGCUAUUCUUGACCCAAAUUUGGGAUUUGACCUUUGUGUUCAGAAAUGGUGUGUAAAUUGUAGGUGUAUGUAAGUGCUGCAAUGUUGAAAGAAUAUACCUUAAUGUGGCUUACUCUGUUGUGCA